AUGCCACCCCGGCUCAACCUCUUCACAGCGAACAAGGCGAUUUCCGCCCUUUGCCAGCGCUCCUCUGCCCCGCGCGCGCAGCGGAGCGUCGCUCUGCCUCUCCGACUCCACGACCAGAAAAGAUGGAACUCGUCGCAGAGAAACAAGAAAGCCCUUUCGCCGGAUGAGCAGAAAUUUCCCACCCAGGACCAGCUGCCCCAUGUCGGUGAAGAGGCUGCCGAGAUGGACCGGAUUAUGAGCAAGGAGAAGAGCUCCUACAACGUGUAUUUCUUGGUCACAGAGGUACUGCAGGACGAUUCAAUUGACCAUGGCCUUUUCGAGCAGAUCCUGAAACGCGACAAAGAUGGCCUGAAGCACAUGCCGAAGGUCAUGCAAGACCAAUUGAAGAAGUCUGGCGGCUCCCGCUCAUUCUCAACUUCCGCUCGCAGCCUUCUGCCAGACAUGCAGAACACCGAAUCCCAGGACGACAUUUCCGCCGCGGUUCUUGCCGAAAUGAUCGAGCAGGUCAACGAGCAGACCGCUGCGCGGUUGCCCGAGGGCUUGAAGUUUGAUGUGCCGGUGCUACCAUCCGAGAAGAAGACGCUGAACUUCCGGAAACGCUACGACACGAUGCAGGACCAGUUCACCAAGAUGCUGAUGCAGGAUGGGAAGCUGGCCCGCGCCCAAAAGAACAUGUCUAUUAUUCUGGACCACCUCCGUACCUCCUCACCUCCCAACAUCAACCCCCGCCGUGCUCUCAUGGGCGGCCCUCCCGCUCCCCAGCUGCCUCUUGACCCCGUCCUCUACCUCACUUGCAUCGUUGACUCCGUGGCACCUCUCUUCCGUAUUCGCCAGCAGAAGGGUAUCGCCGGUGGUGGCACUGCUGUGCAGGUUCCUCACCCGCUCAACCUCCGUCAGCGCCGCCGCGCCGCAAUCAAGUGGAUUCUUGAUGCAUCCGAAAAGCGACGUGACGCACAGCUAGCACACCGCGUGGCCAACGAGCUGGUGGCAGUUGCUGAGGGCCGUAGUGGUGUAUGGGAACGCAGAGAUCAGCAGCACAAGAUUGGUAUCUCUGGCCGUGCGAACCUGGGACUUGCCCCUCGUCGUCGGCCGAUCCCCCUCCGGCCCCCCCAAACGACGGUGGCUCCCCCCUCGAACCGCGAAUCUUUCGAGCUCGUCGACUUCAACGCCGCCAGUCGGUCCCCCAUCGCGAGAGCAGCCGAGUUUGUAGCUGCUCGCGCACGCCAAUCCAGAUACGCUGUUAAGCUUUUCGAGCCUGCCGCCAGCUCACGGUCGCUAGCGAGACUUGGUUCGGAACCACACGCAGAGGCGAGCCCGGAGAAGACAGCUUCGUCGCAGAAUCGUCUACGGGCCUCUCGCUCCACAAGACUUAGGUUCUGGGCCGAGGCCCUUCGCCGCCGGGCUCAUCGUGCAAACCCAAACCGUGUGCUGGUUGCCGGUGACCUCGAGACUGCCGCCAAGAUGAAAUUCUCGCAUAGCAUUCAGUUCAAUGCGGUUCCAGACUGGAGCUCCAAUUACAUUGCCUACAGCAAUCUCAAGAAAUCGAUUUAUACUCUCGAGAAGCAAGUUAACCGAACUGAGGGGCAGUCCAGCGCGGAUGUCGAGUCCGCGCCCUUACUGGGCACUUCCCAAUUAAACAACCCGGACGGGAUCUUCAAGCGUGCCCUUGAUGCGGAGCUGGACAAAAUCUGUACCUUCUAUGAGCAGAAGCAGGCUGAGAUCUUCCAUAACACGGAAAAGCUGAUGCAAGAGGCCAUGGAUUAUCUGUCAGAAACAGACGGAGUCAAUAUGGACCCUGUCAGCGAGACCGUCAUCAAGGCAAGGAUGUUGAGUUCAGCCUCGCGAUGGAGCGCUGGAAGCGUCUUCCGUAAUUUUGGAAAUGGCCAGCGCCGGCGUUCGAGUGUGAGCGAGGAAGACGGAGAUAGCGACGAUGAUCAGGAUCCUUCAGCGUCGCUCACCCUGCGCCGGCGGACGAUGCAGUCGACCGAUGGCGAGUCUACAACCGACGACCCACACGCGGGUGAUAUGGCAGAUUCCACGUUCUUUGGCCAGGCAGGCAGCCGCAGCCGUCGGAAUUCUAACUUGAGCGACCAGGCUUUCUUGGCUCUGUAUAAUGCGGGCGUGUCGCUGAAGAAGCGUCUCAUUGAAACCUACGUUUCUCUCUGCGAGUUGAGGUCCUUCAUUGAGUUAAACAAGACUGGCUUCUCCAAGGCGCUGAAGAAGUACGACAAAACCUUGUUCCGCAACUUGCGCCGGGACUAUCUGGCCUCUGUGGUCAACUCAGCAGUGCCGUUCACUGAUACCACCAUGGCUGCCGUGGACAGCCACAUCGAUAAGGUCGAGGGCGUUUACGCGGACGUCGUCACCAAGGGCAACCGUGAACUUGCGAGUCGCGAGUUGCGUCUCCACCUACGCGAGCAUGUGGUCUGGGAGCGAAACACCGUUUGGCGUGAGAUGAUCGAGAUUGAACGGCGUGCCCAGGCUGCGAAUGUGGGUAUUCGCCGGACCCUUCUGGGAGGUGAUGAGGAUCCAGCCACUGCCCGGCGCCAAGGUGACAAGCAAGAGAUCCGGACGCAGGAAGUUGCUACUCCUCUCGGUCGAAUUCAUUUCCCCGUGUGGCUCUGCAGCUUGAGCUUCGGCACUUUGAUUCUCAGUUUUGCUGUGUUUGGAGCCAUGCUCUCAGUGCCGAUUAUGGAAACCCCCGAACAGCAGAACUGCCUGGCGAUGCUAGUGCUUGUCAGCAUUUUGUGGGCGACUGAGGCCAUUCCGCUCUUCGUCACUUCGCUGUUGAUCCCAUUCUUGGUCGUCAUUCUGGGUAUUAUGCGUUCAGAAGACAAGCCCCACAAGCGCCUAGGGCCGAAGGAGGCAACAGGCUUGGUAUUCUCAUCUAUGUGGACUCCAGUGAUUAUGCUUCUGCUCGGUGGCUUUACCAUUGCCGCAGCUUUGUCCAAAUACGAUAUCGCCCGACGCAUGGCCAUGUUUGUUCUAAGCAAGGCUGGGUCCGAGCCAAGGAUUGUCCUGCUAACCAACAUGUUUGUGAGCAUGUUCUUGAGUAUGUGGAUCAGUAACGUCGCCUCUCCCGUGCUCUGUUACUCAAUCAUCCAACCAUUGCUCCGCAACUUGUCUCCCGAUUCCGAUUUCGGCAAGGCGCUCGUCCUGGGUAUCGCGUUGGCUGCCAACGUCGGCGGUGCUGCGUCUCCAAUUGCAUCUCCACAGAAUAUCAUUGCCCUGCAGAAUAUGUACCCGAGUAUCAGCUGGGGAACUUGGUUCUUCAUCUCGCUGCCUGUGUGUAUUAUCUCGAUCCUGCUGAUAUGGGGCCUGCUGCUGGUCACAUUCCGCCCCGGCCGCAACGCAACUGUGAUCCCCAUGCGCCCCGUUAAGGACCGCUUCACCGGGACCCAGUACUUCAUCAGCGCAGUCACUCUCGUCACCAUUGCCCUCUGGUGCGCUAGCCACCAGCUCGAGCAUGUCUUCGGUGACAUGGGCGUCAUCGCCAUCAUCCCACUGGUCCUAUUCUUCGGAACCGGUAUCCUCAACAAGGAAGACUUCAACAAUUUCCUCUGGACGAUCAUCAUCCUCGCCGCUGGUGGUCUGUGCCUCGGCAAAGCUGUCACCUCUUCUGGCUUGCUGCACACCAUCGCCUCCGGUAUCACGGCCAAGGUCGAGCAUCUCAGCCUGUACAGUCUGCUUCUCGUCUUCUCGGCAUUGAUUCUCGUCAUCGCCACUUUCAUUUCGCACACCGUCGCCGCUUUAAUUAUGCUGCCCCUUGUUCGCCAGAUCGGUGUCGGCAUGGAGGACCCCCACCCGAACCUGCUGGUCAUGGCUGGUGCACUCAUGUGCUCCGUCGCGAUGGCGUUGCCCACGAGCGGGUUCCCUAAUAUGACUGCUAUCAUGACCGAGGUCCCGCAGACCGGCCAGCGCUACCUUCAGGUCCGCCAUUUCCUCACCUGCGGCAUCCCGUCCAGUCUGAUGGCCUUUGUAGUGAUUGUGACCAUUGGGUAUGGACUGAUGUAUGUUGCGGGGUUGUAA